AUGCCUCGGCGAAAAGGAAGGAAAAAUCCCACUCCCAAGAAAGUGAAAAAGAGCAAAGAUAAAGAUGAACAGGAUUACGAAGAACCCAUGGAUGUAGAUCAAGAUUCAGAAACUCAAGGAAAUAAAACUAUUGCGCAAGAACCAACUAAAAUUGCGCUACGUUCAACCAAUAUUGCGCAAUCUUCUAAAAAUGAUCGUUUGGAUGUAACAAAUAACUUGACAAGUGGAUCAGAGCAUGACGAAAAAUCUUUAUCACAAUAUGAACCCCUAGAUAAAGUCAUGCAGGAUUUCUCUUCUCUACCUAGCGAUCAUAUCGAACUGAUGAAUUUGCUGAGCCAUAUGCCUCCAGAAUCUCUCUAUAAAAAAGAUGAUAUUGAAGUCAUCAAUCCGUCUGAAACGCAAGUCAGUGAAAAAAAAUAUGUCUGUCCGAAAUGUGGAAAAGAAUACCCUACAAAAAGUGGCAUUCGGUACCAUAUAAUGCAGCUUGCCCAAAUUAUUGCAACAGGCCUUUUCUUGUUAGUAUGUCUCGAUAAAUUCAGUCGACGGAAAGAUGUUUUGAAUCAUAUUGCCACUGUGCAUGCGCCAGCCAAAAUGGAGAGCAUUUCAACCCCAAAAUCCUCCAAAAGCUCCAAAAAAACUGUUUCUGGUGAUAGCAAGACAACUUUUGCGAAUUUAGAUAGACCAUUACAUGAAGUAAUGCCGUGGCUUUAUAAUGUAUUAAAGACUAUCCAAGAUCAGUUCAAAAUUGUCCAUUCUGAACUACUUAGCAAUGAAUUGGUACCCGAUCUGAAUUUUGAUUUUUCUGGGAUGCAGCGUUCCUCUCCAUUUUUUAUAAAGCGGGAAAAUAAACCUGAUUUUAAUACAGAGUGUGAAGGAUUAGAUUUGUUUUCUGCUGUUCAAGCAACGAAAGAUUGUUUAGAUAUGACUUUUAAUGUCGGCGGACCAGUAUGGGCGAUGUCAUGGUGUCCAGAAACUUUGACGAACACAAAUUCGAAACAAUAUUUAGCGUUAGCUACUCACACCGGUCUUCAUUCACCAGAAUCAGUUUAUUCUGAGCCAGGGAUGAUUCAAAUAUGGAAUUGUGGGGUUUUGGGGUUACAUGAACACCAAAAUAUGACCCCUACUAUUGUUUAUGGGUUUACCACAAAUGAGGCCCCUAUUUGGGAUCUAAAAUGGUGUCCUGUGGGGGGAAGAGGAAAUAUCACCACCGCAGAGGGGGCAGAUAAAAAUCGUUUAGGUAUAUUAGCAGCGGCUUGUGCGAGUGGGAAGGUUCUGAUUCUACCUAUUCCUGAACAAGAGUUGCUAAAAACUGAGGUAGAACACAAUGAUAUGACAUCGGGGAAAAGUAAUUAUAAUUCUGCCAGUAUCAUAUAUAAAGCCAAUCCAUCAAUGACUCUUAUACCUGCUUUUGGUGAUAAAUUUGAUGUUGAAAAUUUGUUUGGUCAAUGUUUAAGUGUUGAUUGGUCUCUUCAUGACGGGGCUGAAUGGGUCGCAGGGGGUUUUUCAAAAGGUUUAGUUGCUUUGUGGAAAGUAAAGGACCCUUCGAAAUUGCUCUUUACAGAAGAUUUGAACAAUGGGCCUUCUACUCUAGUUGCUUGUCGAACUUUUCAUGCCCAUAUUAAAUCUGUGAAAAGUGUUCACUGGUGCCCGUUUGCUUCGGUUCUUGCGACUGCAGGUUUGGAUCGGGCUCUUAAAUUUUGGAAUCCGGAAUACACAGAGGCUCCUAUCAUGGAGUCUAAAACUAAAGGAAGUCCAUACACACAAAUAUGUUGGCCUAGGUUAUGGUGUGGGGUAUUUGUGGCAACAGAUGAAGUUUUUGCGGCACCACAUUGCCAUGGUGUCGCAUAUCAUUGUUUGAUGUCACGAAUGCCUUACAAUACAAUUCCUUUUAAAUCAGCAUGCUGGUCUGUGUCAAGCUCUGAUUGGAUGAAUUGUGUCGUGGGCGGGGAUGCAACCGGCCAAUCAGUGAUUAAUUCUUGUAGUAAUUGGAGUCGAAAAGUUAAGAUAUCAAAAGCAUUUCCAAGAAUUGCGCUUUUUUCAACAGAGGUAGAAUGGCAGGAUUUUUCUUCGCAGGAAAAUGGCGACGCUGACUCAUCUCAGAGUGACAAUGAUACCUCCAAUGAUACCUCCAUGGUGAUUCAUGAAGUCACUGAAAACUCAGAAGAAUCUUCAAAUAAGCAUAUAUCAAAUCAGAACGGUACAUCUUCGAAUCUUUCUGAAACAAAAGACGCAGAUUCCGAGUAUCCAAAAAUAGCGGGUUGUAAAGGAAAUGAAAUUGCUGUACGACGCAACGUGCCGAAAAACAGUUGCGUAGCCCCUUACAAACUCAAAUUUUUUGACACGAAUAUGAAUGAUGUCAAACACACGGAAAAAAGGAAAUGCCAUAAAAAUGUUCGCAUUCACGAAUUCUUCCCUGCAACAAAUUGUAGGCAUCCAUUAGUUGCUUCUGUAAACACAGUGUCCUGGAACCCUAACUUAGGAAGUCAUACUUGGAUAGCCUCCGGAAUGGAAUGUGGAAUUGUUCGAUUGCAUUGUGUUGAUACAAUGCAUUCAGAUGCAAUGGAAACUGCCUAUCAUAACUUGUUUUCCUAAUUAGUUUAUUGAUCCUCUUGCUCAGAAUAAGGCUUUAAACGAGAAUAUCGGUCGAAGACCGAAGACUUAUUGAUAGAAAGUUAAGGGAUACCCCAAAACAGAAACUGCGGUUUCAAUUCAUCCGCUCUCAGUCCAUAGCGACAACCUGUGUCCAAUAACUCGCUAAUUAUAUGACAUAAUUCAUCCAAAAUCAAUAGGCGUCUGGUCCGCGAUAUGAUGAAUGCACGUGCAAAAUUUGGAGCAGAUUCAACCUCGCUUUCGUGAGAUAUCGCAUGCAACUAACAGACAGACAAAUCCUUAUCGACAUACUUAUCGAGAUCGAUAAGUAGUAAGCGUUCAUCACAACAUGGCGAGUCUUUCAUGGUCCAGUCUAGUUCAGGUCCACUCAAGCUGAAUUCUCUCCCCAUCCUGAAUCCAGACCACAAGAAUUUGACAUUCAUAUGCAAUUGAUACUGCCUAUUAUAACUUGUUUUCAUAAUUAGUGUUUUCUGUAUCCAGGUUAAUUUUAAUACAAUUUUCACAAUGGACAAAGCUUUUGUCCCAAUAAAUAUUUUAGAAUCCAGAUCACAAAAAAUUGAUUUGAAAAUCUUUAAUCCUUUUGAAAUUUUCUGACAACCAUGUGAAAUGCAAUCAAUCGGAAUGUUGCAAUGCGAGUUCAACUGUUCUACUUCUGUAUUCCCAGCUCUUUUGGUGCUGUUUUAUAUGAUUAUUUAUAUGCUAAUGCUUGUGGUUUCAAAAAUUUUACUCUUCCAGAAUAUCAGCUUUUGAAUGAAUCCCAUUUCUAUAUUCCAUAUUUUUAAUUAAAUUCGUUUAUGAGGCAGUUUUUAGAAUUUUCUCAUCCGUUGCUCAAUAUCUUGCCUCUGUUACCUAGCUAGGACUACUAAGAUUAUGAUUGAAUUCUAUUCCCAGAGUGUUCUCUUUUUCUGAAUUUCAAGUUUGAACAAAUAACUGAUUAACCAAUUCCAUGGUUCUAGGAAAAUUCGCUGUAGGAAAUCUCGCCACGGGAAAUUUCGCUGUAUAGAAAAAAUCAUUGCAUAAAAAAUCACUGCAAGAGCAUUUUUCUGUAAAACAAGUAAUUGUGAAAAAACAUUUAGGUUUUUGAAGUACUUUUUUAUUUAAAAAAAGAUCCACGUUUUAUGAGCAUACCCUCUAAUUCUAUGUGGCGAAUUUUCCGGACAAGUUUCCCGUACCCGACAUGGUAAACGGAGGACUGAUUAAUUUUUCAUACGAUUUAGCUGUCUUUCCAUUCUGGGAUGCAUUAUAAAAUUACUUUCCUUUAGUGAAUGUCAUUGCCCUCUGGUUCAACAGCACGAUAGUAAAACUUCUUGUCUCUUUUUUGUCCUAACCUUAAAAAAUCCAAUCAAACAUCAAACGGCAGCAUUCUCUCUCCUAUUUAAAGAUAUCAUUAUUCUGACCAGUCAUGCUUGAUUGAUUUCUAUUUGACAUUAGAUUAGUGUUGGUAUGAUUUGACCUAUCUGGGAAAAUUAUUCAAGCAUAAAGCUGCAGCAUUGACAGUCUCAUUCCGGGACACAAUUAUUACAGGGAAAGCUCAACGUGCUAAGCGUUAGGAAUACGCUCGCCACCGCAUCUCUGAUUACUUUGUGUGUGUUCGCAGGUUUGAAACCCAUGCGAGGAUGGUUAUUGUGGACUCCUCGUCGCCGUAGGGUUGUUCACGUAAAUCCUAUCCUGACCAGCCAUGCUUGAUUGAUUUUUCACCAAUACAGACCAGAACUUGAUCCGAAUAAUGUUAUUAAAGCAUCAUCUUUUCUUAAACGAAUCAUUCAUCUCAUUUCUUUACUUGUUUUUUAUAUUUUUACUUACUCA